AUGAUAUUCAAUUCUUCUUCUGAAGAUGAACAAAUGUCAAAUGAUGGACAAUCAUUACCUUCACCUCAAACACCACUUCAACCAAAUGAGGAUAUGGAAGCUUGGAGUGAUUCUGGACAGAAUCGAGGAAUUAAUCAUGAAGGAUCUAUUGAAUUAUCACCAAUUUAUGCUGGUACUGAUGCUUUUCAAGGAGAGAUUUUGUCAAUUUCUGAUGCAGAGGAAGCUGAACCACGUAAACAAUCUCCUCAACCAGCUAUAUUCGAACCAUUAGAAUUUUUUGAAGAAAAGCCUCCACUCGAAUUACCUACAAAAACUCGUCUGAAAAUUAAAAUAAAAAGAUUGAAAUUAGUCGGUGAAUGGCGUUGGAUGGAUGGAAAGGGUGAUAAUUGUGGAAUUUGUAGAACUUCCUUUGAGACUUGCUGUGUUGAUUGUAGAUUUCCAGGGGAUGAUUGCCCAUUAGCAUUGGGUUCAUGUACUCAUGCUUUUCAUAUGCAUUGUAUUGUAAAAUGGACAAAUACUCAAAAUGGACAAAAAUCUGUUUGUCCUCUUUGCAGACAAGAAUGGAAGUUUGCUAGUUAA